GGCGCUACUCAGCAAUUCCAGUAGUACAGUUUUGCCAUGUUUUUGCUUGACACGGCAACACCAAACCACAGGUAAAAUUUAAAAACGAAAGUUUUGCUGUUGUCCGUGAGAGCCAUGGCGGUCGAAGGAUGUUUGAUGAUCACUGAAACAGUGCUUUAUCUAGCUGCUUUCUUCUCAGGCCUGAUCACAGCAAUUACUGUUGGAAUUUCGAGGGAAUCCUUUGGAGGAGACUGUAUUCUCUUUGGCGAGGUUGCUUGGUGCAAUCAGACAGCCUUCGCUUUCACGCAGCUGGGCAGCAAUGGUGUGUGCGGCUUCAGUGUUGGCUUAGACAUCAUCGUAGCAUUCUACGCAUUGGUUUGCUGUGUCUACCAUGUGGCUGUCUUCUUUAAAUGGACCAAAGAAAGGCGCUGGAUCAUGCUACCAGCGAUCAUCAUCAAUGCUGUCUGCCUGGCACUACUCUUCAUCGACUCCUGUAUACUCAGCAUUGGAUUCAAUCGAUUCUGCGGCAGUCUAACAAGUGGAACGGACACCAAAGUGACAGUGUGUUCCGCGGACUUGUCGGGUCAGAAUUGGAACCGCCCACCCUCAUGUAAAGCAGACCAAAAAGUCGAUCACACGGCGUAUUCUGGAGGGAACUGGUUUGGCUUUCUGACCACGGCGCAAGGUGCCUCAUGGUUUGGUGUCUUAUUCUGGUUGGUACUCCUCAUUUCUAUCACCAUUCGUCGCAUCAGGGACCGGCCGGUUCUGGACCCAUCCUCGGACAAGGCCCCAAUCGCCUCCAACGUGGCCAUCUAAAAAAAAACACAACUAACCCGAUCUCUCCUGCAAGAUCCUCGCCAGUAUCUGUAGUAAUGUGUGGUGUGACGUAAAUUUGAGUGGACGUGCAAUGGUACUACUCAUUUCAUUUGGAAUCGGAAUUGUAACUCAUAAUCAGAUUUGGGGAGAAACAAAUCUUAUGAUUGUUGUGUGCCUAUGCGCACAAGACAGUGGGAGACUUUUAAGAUGUCUGCUAGCAGCAAACAAGCUGUUUUCAUUCAGUUGGUCAUGGAGCUAUAUUAAAUUAAGAGCCCAAAUUCCCCAUUGCUUUGCGUAGAAGACUCCCCAUGCACAUCCUGAGCACAGAAUUUUUGAAUCAGUGUUGCAUGAUCAUUGAACAUAUUUAUAUGAGAUGGUAUUGGUCGUUCAAUUAGCUUAUACAUGUACGUGUAAGUAACACUUACAUGAGAGCGUUCGCCAUCUCCGUCCGCCAUUAU